AUGAGGAAGUGGGAAGUGUCGAGUCUUGGGGUUGAAAGUAUUAUGUACAUAGCAAUGCUUCAUGGAAGCAAGAGCGCUCGCGCUGCGGACGGAGGGUCUCAUAGUGCUGCAUGUGCUUCCCUCGCUGCUAGCGUGACAGUGGCGGCAGCCUCGAGCGCAACAAGUCCUCACGACUGUGGUGCAAUAACCCUUACCUGCUCGACGCCAACCCCAGCAAGAAGGCGUGAUCGCCAGCAGAAAGCCUUGGGAUAUGCAGCAGCAGAACAAACCUAUCAGCCGUUGUUGCAGCUGCAAGUUCCGAGUCUCAGCGGCAGCUGUAGAUACAGCUUUAGCACGAGCACUGCAGCAGCCUGCCACAGACAGCCGUCUCCCUGGUUACUUCUUGCGAUCCAGCUGCUCCCCCCAACAGCUUCUUCCAUCCUCGCUGCUGCCGCUGCCUUGCCGCGAACGCGCUUGCUGGGGGUCCAAGAAGCCGCUGCAGCAACUGUGCCCCCCACUUCUGAUCGUUCUACGGUGAAUAGGACGGAUUCAGACUGGCUUAAACUGCUGCAGCAACAGCAGCAGGCGCUGCGCUGCCGCAUGCUCACGGAGCAGCAGCGGCAGACACGAUGGCGUGCGCGCGAUAACAAUUGGCAGGCUUCUCAUUCAAGGCUUUGCUGCUGGUGCUGCUUGCGAAUUGACUGUCUCCUGCAGCAGGUCGCUCUUGGACAGUUUUGGCGCUCCGCCUACCAAAAUGCCUUCUUCUAUCCGCCUCUCCGCGUGCCGAUCUUCAGUGCCUGCCUGCUGCUCCUGCUGCUGCUGCUGCAGCUGCAGCAGCUGAGGCUUGCGGGUAAUUUGGCGGAUCCUGAUGCGUACAACGACGCAGCAGCAGCAGCAGCAGCAGCUAGUGCCAGCAGCAGCAGCAGCAGCAGCAGCCACGGCGACAAAGCGACACGCGAAAGAAGAGGUAACACCAGCAGUAGCAGCAGCAGCAGUGAGCCAACAGCAGUAGCGACUGCAUGCAGCAGCAAGACAGCUGCAGCUGCGGCUGCACUGGCUGCGGAGAACGCGGAAGCCCUCCUCCGCUUUCGCUCGCACUUCAGUGCCGCACCAGAAGACGUGCUGCUCGACUUUGGCGAUGUCGACAGAAUCAGCAACGGGAAGAAGCCUUACCCCCUGAGUCUCUUGGGGGCCCUCCUGCUGCCCUCUCUGCUGCCAGCAGAGGGGCCCCCUUUGGGGACUGGCCUAAAGCAUGCGGCCUUUGGGGCUGCAUGCGUUUUUUCAGAGCUGCAGUACGGGGCUUUCGCCGCAGCCGCCCUUGCAGCAGCAGCGGCAGCAGCCAGCACAGCGACAGCGUUGCUGCUGCAGCGGCUUUGUCACGGGGAGCACGCAGAGACGCCAGUGGUAGGCACUGGUGGAGGAGCCUUCAUAGCCUUGGCAGCAGCUGCUGCGCUGUCUCGCGAGAAAAACUUUGCAGCGGCACAGAGCAGGCUGAAAGACUCUUGGCUCCGCGCCCAGUACUCCUUCCACUACGCUUUUUCUGCGAGAGGCUGUUGUGCUUGGCUGUUGGUGCAGGAAAGUGCAAAGGCGCUGGAGGGGGAAGCAGGCAUCGAUCUAUGCGACUGGGCGGUGCUUGGUGAUGCUCUCGUGAUGCUGCUUGUGGCAGCAGCAGCAGCUGCCCGCUGUCUUCCCAAGGGCGCAGCUAUUGCAGCGGCAACGGCUGCUGCAGCAGCCGUUGCCGCUGCAAAUCACAAAAGACUUCUCACCUCAUCUGAGGUCGCUGCAGCGUAG